ACAGGCUGUCGAAGUUGAGGCUGGGCUGAGCUCGGAUGUGGCUACAGAGGCAGUAGAUGGGACAGUGCCUGGUGCUUGGGAUAAGUGUGUGACACACUCAGGUGAUGUCCUGCUCUCUGGACGACACCAUCUUGAGAAGCCAUCUACAACAGCUUCGGGCAGACUCAUCAUGUGGACGCUUGCAGCCUUUCUGCUUCUGAUUCCAAGCUGUGGGCAAGCUGCUACUCUGGAGAAGCCUGUAUUGUCUCUACACCCACCCUGGACCACCAUCUUCAAGGGGGAACGGGUGACCCUACGGUGUGACGGGUACCACCCUCUGCUGCUAGAGCUCCGGCCCAUCAACACUCUCUGGUAUUUGGGCCACGUCCUCCUGCCUUCCCACAAGAAGAGCAUUGAGGUGCAGGCACCAGGGGUGUAUCGAUGUCAGACAAGGGGAGCACCCGUCAGUGACCCCAUCCACCUCUCUGUAUCUAACGACUGGCUAAUUCUGCAAGUGCCCUAUGCCCCGGUGUUCGAGGGCGAGCCCCUGGUGAUGCGCUGCCGCGGCUGGUACGACAAAGUCGUCUACAAGCUCCACUAUUACCACGACGGCCAGGCUGUGAGGUACUUCCACUCCAGCACUAACUACACGGUGCUGCAGGCGCGAGCCAGCGACAGCGGCCACUACCAGUGCUCAGGCACCAUGCGCAUCCCGGUGGAGAGCGCGCCCAUGUUCUCCUCCAAGGUGGCUGUGACCGUGCAAGAGCUGUUCCAGACGCCGGUGCUGCGGACGCUGAGCCCGCAGGAGGCGCGCGGCCGCGUGGUGCUGCGCUGCGAGACGCGCCUGCACGCGCAGAAGCGGGACACGCCGCUGCAGUUCGCCUUCUACAAGUACAGCCGGCCGGUGCGCCGCUUCGACUGGGGCUCCGACUACACGGUCCCCGAGCCCGAGGCCGCCGAACUCGAAUCGUACUGGUGCGAGGCGGCCACCGCCACCCGCAGCGUGCGGAAACGCAGCCCGUGGCUGCAGCUCCCCGGGCGGGGCUCUGUCCCGGAUCUGGCCCCCACCCCCGCGCCAGCCCCCCAGGCUGCAGCCUUGGCGCCCGGGGACCAGCCGCUUUCCUUCCGGAAGACCCCGGCGUCCAGAUCCGCGCCGUCCGUCACUUCCGUCCCGAACAGCACCCUCUCGGGGCUGCAGUUCCCCGCGGGCCACGUCGCCACUGCCGGGCCACAGGCCUGCGCGCCUCUGCCCACAUCCGCGGAACAGUCGCGCGAGGCGGCUCUGCAGCCCAAGGUGGACCUCCUGCUUCGCGAGAUGCAGCAGCUCAGAGGCCUUCUGAGCCGCGUGGUCCUGGGGUUCAAGGACCCACAGACCCUCCGCAAGUUUACGGAGACCGCCGAGACACCCAGUUCUCACGUCACUCUGAGCCCCGGAACCCCAGAGACCACUGUGGUGGAGGGCCGAGCGGACAGCUAGCGUCCUCUCUCCAGGCUGGGUUCCUCCCGGACCUCUCCUGCUCUAACUCUAGCAAACCAGAGCCACAUCUGUCAGUCACCCCUCGUGUUGCUGUGCUGUUUGCUUUAUUACUUAUUUAAGCAAAGACCCUGAAGUGUGGUGCUGUGGGUUUCCACUUUACUAGACAGCCUGUGGGCGACUUUGACCUUGCACAAUAGUUUCUGAGAUCAAACAUCCUCUCUCCUGUGUUCCUUCUUCUGUAACCCAGUAGAAGCAGACAGCUGUUGUCUACUUUUCCAGUGUAGAUGUGGGAGUUUUUUGUUGUUUGUUUGGGGUUUUUUUGGUAAUUGAAAUUGAGUUUAAUGAGCACUUUAGAACAUUUUAGGGUCAAGUUGUAAUUAAUCAUAAUGGAUUUAAUCUCAUAUUAAAACGGCUUUCAAAAUCCUA